UUUUAAAGGAAAAAAACAAGCCGAGCGGCCGGUGUGAGCCGGCUCCAGCUUUAUGUGGGGGUGGUCUUCAUUUAUACAUAUAUACACGAGUAUUCUUUUUGUUGUUGUUUCUAAACCCACCCCGCCCAAGGGGUAAGCAGAGGAGAUGAAGGGACUCCUGCCGUUUUUCCGGGGCCUGCACACCGUGAGUAACCGUCAAGCCAAGCGCAAGGCUGGGAUUGUCGGUUCUCAGUGCGGGCUUUGCGGAACUCAGUCUGUGAACAAGCCACAGCCCAGAUUUGGGCUGCUGUUCGACAUCGAUGGUGUGCUUGUCCGAGGAAGGAUGCUAAUCCCUGCAGCCAAAGUGGCUUUUGAGAAGUUGGUCGACUCUCAGGGACAGUUUGUGGUGCCAGUUGUUUUUGUCACUAAUGCAGGGAACUGUCUUCGACAAACAAAAGCAGACCAGCUCUCUCACAUCUUGGGAGUCCCUAUUACGCAAGACCAAGUUAUCAUGUCCCAUAGUCCCCUGAGGAUGUUCAAGAAGUUCCACGAAAAAUGUGUCAUGGUGUCGGGACAGGGACCUGUCCUGGAAAUUGCUAAAAACGUGGGCUUUAAGAAUGUUAUCAGUAUUGACAUGGUGAGGGAGUCAUACCCGUUGCUGGAUAUGGUGGAUCACAACAGACGACCCAAACUGCCGUCCAGUCCUGUAGUCAACCUUCCUAAAGUUGAUGCUGUGGUUUUGUUCGGGGAACCAAUACGAUGGGAGACAAACCUUCAGCUGAUAAUUGAUGUUUUAUUGACCAACGGUAACCUCAACAGUCCUCACCAACCCCAUGGAAUACCUCAGCUCCCUCUUUUGGCAUGCAACAUGGACCUGAUGUGGAUGGCAGAGGCGAACUCUCCAAGGUUUGGCCAUGGGACGUUUCUUGUGUGCCUGGAGAAUAUCUAUAAAAAGAUAACUGGCAUAGACCUGAAGUAUGAGGCCCUCAUGGGAAAACCCAGCGAGCUGACCUACCAUUUUGCAGAGUACCUCAUCAGAAGCCAGGCCAUGCAGAGGCAAUGGAAACUUCCCAUCACAUCCCUUUAUGCUGUAGGUGAUAACCUCAUGACUGAUAUAUAUGGGGCCAAUCUGUACAAUCGCUUCCUGGAGGAGAGAGCUGCUAGAAAGAACCCCAAAGCUGUUGCGAAGGUGGCGGCUGCCACAGGGUCCAGCACCGCUAUGCCAGGGGGGGAGGAGGAGAUCGACAGCAUGUGGGAGAGUGAGCUUGCGCUGCCCUCUGCCACAUCCUGUAAGUCCAUCCUAGUUUGCACGGGGGUCUACAACCCGAACGCAGAGGUGCCGUCUGACGCAAACCGCUGCAUCAAAGAGACGGUGUUCCAUGGUCACCGGGACUUCAGGUUUGACCCUGCGCUGGUGGAGCCGGGCCACAUCGUGCAGGACAUAGCGGAAGCUGUGGACCUCAUCUUUCAGCAGGAAAAGUUUGUGCUUCAGUAGAGAUUCGAGUCCCGAAAUGUUCUGCACCAUUCAAGCACACGCGUGGUACGGCAUUAAACUGGGAACUUACCACUUAAUGCAAGAAACUGUUGGGAGUGCAUCACUGUGGACUUUGAGUAACUCACUGACAGACAGGGCAUUAACAUAAUAUAGGUCAUCUUCUAACAUUCAACAUGAAGACAAAUUUAAGAGAACAUGAAUCGUUUAACUGUGGCCAUCAUUUGGUUUUGUUACCGUCUUUAACAACGUGUUACUCGUAAGGAAAUGUGUUAUAGAUGCCUUAUUUGACCCUGGUUAUUUUUUAGAUGAUCGGAUGUGCUAGAGUACAAAGUUCUUAAAGUUUCCUUACAUUUAGGACAAGAGUUUGCCUGUGUUUUAGGAGAGCAUAUUCCAGAAAGAUGUGCUUUUCAUUAUUCCCUUUUUAGACCUUUAUUUACUCAGUUCACCCAUAAAGAUCUAUGCAUGAACACCAGAGAAAUAGUUUUACUGUAAUACCAACUGUUUGAUGUGCAAUAUUGUCCAAUAUCUUUCUUUAAAUAUCAUUGUAUGGUCUAUCCUCAUUACGUCUUGCGGUGAAAGCCAUAACCAAUAUUUCCACAGUUACUGUUUACCUGCCAGUGUUAGUUUUAAUGUUGAACAUCUGUUUCAAGCUCUCAGAUUUUCAUUUCAGAUACAAAAGCUAAAAACACAUCGAUUCACUCACACGUAAAGCCUUUUCCAACUCAUUUUUGUUGUAAGUACCUUACAUUGAAAAAAAAAAUAUUAAAUUACACAAUGGA